AAAAAGGAAACGGGUUGUGUUGGAUUGAAAAACCAAGGAGCUACUUGUUACAUGAAUUCUCUUCUUCAGACACUGUAUCACAUUCCUUAUUUUAGAAAGGCUGUGUACCAUAUGCCUACGACUGAGAAUGACAUGCCAUCAGGGAGCAUUCCUUUGGCAUUGCAAAGUUUAUUCUACAAGCUACAACAUAGUGACACUAGUGUAUCUACGAAAGAGUUAACCAAGUCUUUUGGAUGGGAUACAUAUGAUUCAUUCUUGCAGCAUGAUGUCCAAGAACUUAAUAGAGUUCUCUGUGAAAAGUUAGAAGAUAAAAUGAAGGGUACUGUGGUGGAAGGCACCAUACAGCAGUUGUUUGAAGGUCACCAUAUGAACUAUAUUGAAUGCAUCAAUGUUGACUAUAAAUCAACAAGAAAAGAAUCAUUUUAUGAUCUUCAACUUGAUGUCAAAGGAUGUCAGAGUGUGUAUGAUUCUUUUGACAAAUAUGUUGAAGUGGAACAUCUUGAGCAUGAUAACAAGUAUCAUGCUGAGAAGUAUGGUUUACAGGUAAAAUCUGAAUCUAAGGGAUUAUGA